AUGUCAACUUCUUCAGUGCCUCUGCUGCGACCGCCCGUGCCAGGUAAUCGUAGCAAUACCAGCAGUCCUCGCGCCCCGAGACUCACCUUGGGUAUCCCCCCAUCACCGAAUGCAAAACCUGUCAAUGGUGGCGGCCAACCGGCCCUCUCUGUCCCCGCUCCCGGGACGCAGACACCGCAACCGCAAUUGCAAAGACCCCAGGCGGGCUCCCGGCCAUCGUUACCCCGCCUUCAGUUGGCGACACCCAUGGGCAGUAGCCAGAGUGUUCCCCAGGAGACAAGCUACAGAACAAACGGUCGGCCUGCUCCACCUUCGCUCACCACGAAUCUGAACCCGCCGAAUGGCAUAGAUAACAAGACCGGUGGUCUGACCUCGGCCAACUCCUCCUACUCGGCGCUUUCCUUUGCCAUGGGCCUCCGUCAGCCGGCCGGCGGCAAUUCAGAUCCCUCCUCGGCAAUCAGUUCGGUCUACUCGGAUCGGGAGGGUGGUGUGCAGAUGGAAGGGGAGAGCAGUGUGAAUGGCCUGUUACCGGACCUGGACAAGCUGAGCUUGGAAAAGGGUCGACCGCUCGACGUGGAGGAUUUGGACGAUGAAGGGUGGCAUGCCGCAAGUGAGCAGAAAAAAAUAGUGGAAUUGGGAAGUCUCGGCGAGGGCGCUGGCGGCGCAGUCACACGAUGCAAGCUGAAAGACGGAAAGACCGUGUUCGCAUUAAAAAUCAUCACGACAGAUCCCAACCCCGAUGUGAAGAAGCAGAUUGUUCGCGAACUCAAUUUCAACAAAGACUGCGCAUCGGAUCAUAUCUGUCGAUACUACGGUGCCUUUAUGGACAAAUCCACCGGCACAAUCUCCAUUGCCAUGGAAUUCUGCGAGGGAGGGAGCUUGGAUAGUAUCUACAGAGAGGUCAAGAAACUCGGAGGACGCACCGGGGAGAAGGUCCUCGGUAAAGUUGCAGAGGGAGUGCUGAAUGGUUUGACUUAUCUGCAUGGCCGGAAAAUCAUUCACAGAGAUAUCAAACCUUCGAAUAUCCUUCUGUGUCGAAAUGGUCAGGUCAAGCUUUGCGAUUUUGGAGUUAGUGGCGAAUUUGGCACAAAAGGUGAUGCCAACACCUUCAUCGGAACCUCCUAUUACAUGGCUCCAGAGCGCAUCACCGGACAGUCAUACACCAUUACCUCCGAUGUCUGGUCGUUGGGUGUGACGCUGCUGGAAGUCGCGCAGCAUCGAUUCCCAUUCCCCGCGGAUGGAACAGAGAUGCAACCCCGCGCUGGUCUCAUCGAUCUUCUCACAUACAUCGUUCGACAACCGAUUCCGAAGCUGAAAGAUGAGCCUCAGAACAAUAUCCGCUGGUCAGAUAAUUUCAAGUACUUUAUUGAAUGCUGUCUUGAGAAAGAGCCUCCCAGACGUGCGACUCCAUGGCGAAUGCUCGAGCAUCCUUGGAUGUUGGACAUGAAAACUAAGAAAGUCAACAUGGCCAACUUUGUGAGACAAGUCUGGGAUUGGAAAGAUUGA